AAGCAUGGAAACGAAGUCCAUACUACGGAAGGCGACGCGUCCCACAUCAUUAAAAUCCGACACCGCCGAAAUAUUACGUAACAAGAAAAGACACAAAUACAAAAAUGUAACAGAACUUAAACCUCCAGAAAAACCCUCACGACAGUUGAUACCCGACAAGGCCCCGACGGAAACUCUGGCGCAUGCACUAUUGAGAAUUAUGACCCACAAAGAACCAGUGAAACGAUUCCGGAAAUUGGCUCUUCCUAAAGUGAUGCUUAUUACAGAUGCAGACCGGACGUCAGACGAUGAUCGCUCGUCCACCAGAAGUCGCUUCUCCACGCAGUCGUCACCGACGCGCAGAUUUCCGUCACUCGUAACCAGAAGUUACGACUCCAACCUUUCGCAAUCAUUUGAAAAAGAACGGACGCCAUCAUACCGACUUCCGGAGAUCGUAAGCACACCGCGCUCUGACGUCUCCGUAAUACACUACGACAGGAUUUGUGGCUAUUGCAAAAGGACGUCAAUCAAUCAUAGAGUCCGGAAACCAGCCGCUGGCUUCUGCAAGUUUUGCGAGGAGUAUUUAUGCGCCGACUGCGUGCAUAACCAUCGCGGGCGGUUAACCAGGCUACAUCCGGUAGUGGUGUUUUACUGCGUCAUCUGCAAGGAAAUGAACAUUCUGUCGCGGCGGGGGUCUGGAUACUGCGUGAAGUGCCGCCACCUCUACUGCUCCGUCUGCGUCCUACAGCACUGCAUGGAGACGCAGCAUGACGUGUUGGAAGGAGAAGACCUCGUCGACGUCACGGAAAUGAUGAUCGGCAAGUGACGGAAACAUCGUUGACGUUACGAAAAUGAUGAUCGACAAGUGAAGGAAACGUGUGUUUGUAUAUCAAAGUGUAUUAGGUUUAUGAGGUCCCUCCGAACCAGAGGCUACAUUAUGUGUGGUCCCGGAUUACGCCCCGGCACACCUACCUAAUCAUCUUACUAGACUCACGAACGCUGGGACGAACUUUAAAUUAAAGCUAGAUUUACCAGCUAUUUGGUUGUUACUGACGGAUAUUUCAAUUUGGUGUGGGGAUGCCGGAGUACCCGGAGGAAACCCCUCCUGGCCGGUAUGGUGCCCACCAACCAAACUCACAUGCUGUCGGAAACGGUAUUUGAACCCGGGUCGCCUAGGUGAGAAUUGAGUGUACCGAAAACUGUGUUUGCCCUA